UCUGGUUGAUAUUUCAUAUCUAGUUCAGUGUCCUAAACAGGAUCUUGAGGAGGCAUUUUAUUGACAUUUCUGCUCUUCAUGUAAGCAGAUCUACAUGUUCAUCACCGCAAGAAUUAACUACAGAACAGCUUGAAGAUCUGUUGUCCUCUAAGAGCACUGCUGCUCCCAAGAAAACCAAGGCUACCAAACAGGUGACCGAGGCUGUUGAAGCUUCAGAGGGGCUCGACACACUUGCAAACCUUGCCAUUCUGGGAGAGGGGGAGGCCCUCCUUUCAUCGUCCCAAGCUACCACAAAGCACCCUCGCCAUCGGCCUGGCUGUUCAUGCAUUGUCUGCAUCCAGCCUCCGAGUGGGAAAGGCCCGAAGCACAAGCAGACUUGCACAUGUAAUGUGUGCCUCACUGUAAGGAGGCGUUUCCGCACACUCAUGCUGCGGCGUGAGAAACGACAAUCAGAGAAGGAAGCAGAAACUGCACGUAAGAAAGAGCAGCAGCUCCACCAGUCUCCGAAGGCAGAACCGGAGGAUGAUGAUCCACUACUGAGUAGUAACACAAGUAACAGCAGUUCAAACCCAAAACAACCGCUGGUGAAUGAGACUGUUGAUGAUGAGAACCUCAACAGUAAAAAGCCCUCCUCUUCACCUCUUAAAGGCCAGAUUGACCUAAACAUCCAGCCAGAGAGGGAGGAUGAGCCAUCACCAACAUCAGAUUCAUGUGGCAUGAGGUUGAUCAGAGAUGCCACUGAGAGGUAUCUCAGGGGACAGAGACAGUCAAGUUCUGGCAGUGACGGAGAUCCAAUCACUGAUCAAAUAGAACCCGGCAGAGGUGGAGUGGUGGAGGAGAGGCUUGAUGGUGUUCCUUGUGGUAGUGUUAAUCUUGAUGGUGACAUGGAGCAUCCAGUCACUUUAUCUAUGCCCAUGUCAACAUCAACAUCAACAUCAGCAACGGGCUAGAUCCUUAAGCACUGACAUGUGCCAUGUAACAUUUCAGCGGUUGGGGACAGCUUUGUUGAUCACAUUCACAUCGUACGCCAACAAACUCUGCCUUGACCACAAAAGCAAAUAGCAUUACCUUGUACAUAAAAGAAAAGAGGUAAGAGUUAGAUAACAUGGUCAACACAAAUCGAUGUGUUGUGAUUCUCUUGUUCUUGGAUUGCAAAGAGUGUAGGCAUUGGGGAUAGAGUAGCUCUCUUUUUCUUUCAAGUGUGCUUUUCUCACUGCGCUCAGGACAAAUUUGCAGAUCUCUUGGUGCCUAUCCUUUUUGUUGUAGUUAUUUUUAGGUUAGGGUUUGGGGGGAGACGAUUUGAAGGUCUUAGUACUUUCAACAUUUCUGGUAUGUUCUCUACUUGGUGGUGGUUGCGUUGUGUAACUUGAUCAGCUUUCAUCUCCUGUGCCACUGGGGCUCAUUGGGUUUAUCAGUGAUUAUCAUAAUAUAGAUUUUUUUAA